GUCCCCUUCUCCUUAUACAAUACAGUUCCCACAUGAAUUGGUAACAUAUGGUGGAAAUGGUCAAGUGUUUUCUAAUUGGGCACAGGUGAGUCAGGAAUUCAGGAGUAUGCCAGGGAUUUGUCAAGACACAUAUUCAAUCUGACCAACCACCUGUCUCAGUGUAAACACAAGGGCCUUUGCUUGAUAGUUGCAUCUCUACCAAUGAAAGCUUGUUCAUAUUAUUGGCACUACCUACACUGGCACACACAAUUCAAGAUUAUAUCCAGAUAAACCAGCGAGAAUAGCACAAUCUAUACUAGCAAUAGUUCUGCAAACAAAUUAUGCGUAUUUGUAAACACGAACCUCAUGAUUUAUUUAUUUAUUUACUUUCAGUUUCGUCUGGUGAUGCAUUACCUAUCAAUCAUGACAGAUGAACAAACGCUGGUCAUGUACUCAGGACAUCCGUUAGGACUGUUUCCCAGUUCCCCAUCCAGUCCUCGCGCUGUCGUUACUAACGGAAUGGUAGGUACAUGUAGUGUAACACAGAAAACUCAAUAUUUUCUGAGGGCUGAAACAGAACGCGAAUUUUUCGGUACAUUUGUAGGUUGCUUUGUCAAAUAACUUAUUACCAAACGGCGGAUGCCUCACGCCCAAAGAAAUCUGCCUACGCGUUUUGCUGCUAAAAUAUCAAACUAUUAUUAGCUAUCCUCAGCAUAAUUCCUCGCGGACCAAAAACCAAGAUGUCAAUUUUAAAGCAUCCACGGUUUAGGUAAUAGCGCGUUUCUCUCUAUCGUCAUACAUCUUCCGAACUUCAAAUACUUCAACUUUUCUUAGAGAAGUAGGUAGGAACAUUAUUGUCAAUAGAAACUUGCCCUAUGCUAAUUUGUAGUCGACAACGUAGGUGAGUUGUGUCCUUGAUUUACACAGUACAACUCAAAUUGUAAGCAAGUUGCAUGCGACAGUUUUAGGCAAAAGUUGCGUGGUGUGAAUCGGCCUUGGACGUUACUUUUAUAGAGACUGGCCUAUGGUUAGUUAAAGUCGUUCAACUUUAUUUCACAGAUGAUUCCAAACUACUCCAGCAAAGAGAACUAUGAUAAACUGUUCGCCCUGGGAGUGACCAUGUAUGGCCAGAUGACCGCUGGUAGUUAUUGUUACAUUGGUCCCCAGGGUAUAGUCCAUGGUACCACACUCACUGUAUUGAAUGCCGCACGACGUCAUCUUAAUACGUCAGAGCUUGCUGGUCGUGUAUUUCUCACUUCCGGUCUGGGUGGCAUGAGUGGUGCCCAGGCGAAAGCUGCCACCAUAUGUGGUUGUGUUGGAGUCAUUGCUGAGGUGAGUGCUCGAAUUUUGGAAUUAAGUAAAUGACCUUUUCAAUGAUAAUGAGGUCAUCUUGAAUCCUAAUGCAUUGUGGUCUAGUGAUGGUAAAUACUACCGAGUGUCCCAAAAAAACUGGACACCGUUUGAUUUGAUGUAAUGUAAAAGCUAUAAAAGCUAUCGCGAUGAAAUAAAGAUCAUUGCAUUCAGAAAGGACUAACUUAGAUUUUGAUAUAUAACACUUGAAUUUACAUGCAAUACACCGUUCGAGUUUAAAUACUAUACCGUUUGAUUCAGGUCAAUAAAACUGCGCUGGAAAAACGCCAUAACCAGGGGUAAACAUUUUUUGAACAUCUUUAAAUUUUGCAAAGCAAUUUUAGACGAUAUAAUUGAUUGACAUAAUGCAGGGUUAUUGUGGUGAUGUAUAAAACAUUCUUCUUUUUUUGAAGGUGGCUGAUGGAAAUCGCUGACAGCCUUGAUAAAUGCAUUGAGAGAAUAAAGUAAGCACGACAUACCACUAUUAUGUACAUCCAAUCGUUUAUUCUUAAUCUUUGAAAAUAUUUUUAUGUGCAGGGAAGCAAGAAAAGAGAAGAAACCGUUAAGUCUUGGUUUUCAUGGAAAUAUCGUAGAUCUUUGGUAAGAACAAGAAGUUUCUGUUGGAUAUCCGCUGGAUACCUCGAGGAUACAUGUUUCUCAUAGUUAUAUCUCUGAGAAAAAAUUAUUUCCCAGGAAAUUCGGAAACGUUAAUUUGUUUCCCUUUUUGUUGCGGAAGAAAUGUCAUCUGGUUUGCCACUCUCAAAACAACCGAUAUUUUCUUUUUCUACAGGGAAAGGCUUGCAAGCGAGGAUGAGAUGUUAGUAGACAUGGGUUCAGAUCAAACCUCACUUCACAAUCCAUACAAUGGCGGCUACUAUCCAGCUGGGCUCACUUUUGAAGAAGCCAAUCAAUUGAUGACGAAUGAUGCGGGGAAAUUUAAGGAUGCUGUUCAAACGAGGUGAAGUUCGGGCCAUUGAAGGCACACAGUGGUUGGCGCAUGUGCGACCGAUUUAAAUUUGCAAUCCCCACAUUCAAUGAUAAUUUCGUUAAUACAAGACUUAAAUCACUUUAGUUUAAAACGACAAGUGGCCGCCAUUAAUAAGUUAUCAUCGCGAGGAAUGUACUUCUUUGAUUAUGGAAAUGCAUUUCUACUGGAAGCAAGCAGAGCUGGUAAGUGUUAUAAAUAGAAGAAAAGAGUACUAGUUGAAGAGUGUUUCUUAACACGUAGAAAAUAUUUGAUGUUAAGGUGCUGAUGUUGGUCUAAAAGAAGAUGGAACAUUUCGGUAUCCUUCUUAUGUGCAGGAUAUAAUGGGGUAUGUCCCUGAAAUACUUCAUUGAAGUAUAGGAUAAAUAUUUUUUCAAUCUUUUUUCUUCCAGUUUAUUUUUUUCAAUCAAUGCAUUGUACCUUCUUUACAUGCUUCCCUUCUAGUUUUCCCCGUCUCUUCGUUUGUAUUCCUGUGUAACUUUCAUUAAUCUUAUGUGUUUCAGCAAUAUAUUCUCACUUGGGUUCGGACCAUUCCGGUAAGUAGACACGUAUUCUCACUGAAUCAAUUCUAAGAAGUUUUAUGUCAAAGAUAAGUACAGCAUAGUUCUUGGAAUUUUGUUAAGGUGGGUUUGUACGUCAGGAUUUCCUGAAGAUCUCGAAGUGUCAGAUAAAAUUGCCACUGACGUUUUGGAACACAUCAUGAAACAAGGAGGUAAGAUCACUAAAGCCCCGUUUACACUACGCUCAAUUUUUGGUACGGCACGGAUAAAACUGGUACCCGCAUCACUGUUUUGGUUCUUGGACCACCUAUUUAGCUUAGCCCCGUUUACACUACGCUCAAUUUUUGGUAUCGUACCAUACCAAAAGUGGUACGGGUACCAAUUUUAUCCAUGCCGUACCAAAAAUUGAGCGUAGUGUAAACGGGGCUUAAGUUACAAGAGCGAAUCACAGGGCUCCGUUGGUUUGAACAUGGAAGCCAUGUUGGAAGAACAUUAACAAAAUACCAUUAGCAGCUAUUGUAUUUGGAGCGUGUUUUCCUCCAACACGGCUUGAUGACAACUUGCUACAAGGUUGAUGAGCUCAACAGACUUGUUACAAGUUGUUCCAACAAAUAACAACAUUGUUACAACUUGUUGACAAGCUUGUUGAUAAGUUGUGAGAUUUUUACGUGUGAUACAAGAUUUCAUAUUUUGCAUUCUGUGUCUAGUUCCAAAAGAAGUGAAACCACAGUAUGAAGACAACAUCAACUGGAUUAAGAAAGCUCAAGAAAAUAAGUUGGUUGUUGGUUCACAAGCUCGUAUUUUGUAUUCUGAUCAAAACGGAAGAGUGGCAAUCGCUCUGGCAUUCAAUGAAGCGAUUGCAGACAAGAGAAUUAAAGUAAGUGAAGAGAAAGUGAGAAGGAAGAUAUUCAACAGGGUACUCCACUUCGCAUUCAUAAGAAUUGGCUAUUAUCAACUGAAGCCCUUAAGAAUAUGAAGAAAUAUCUCUCCUAGCUUGCAACCUUAUAUUUGGCGUUUUCUUCAUAGGGUCCCAUCGUUGUAAGUCGAGACCAUCAUGACGUCAGCGGGACAGACAGGUAACUAUAGCAACAGUAUACCUUUCAUGAUCACCUCGAUGACCGGACAGUGUAUGGCAGUGUAUGCAUGGUUCUACUCCUGCAAUAUUAACAUUCUACGUAGGCUAGCCAGUUAGAAAAACACGGUUCUGCACAAGCUUGUGAGUACAAGCAGUAUUCCUGCUCAAGUCAUCGUCGAAAUGUUUCAUUGCUUGUUUCUUUGUUUCCCAGCCCAUACCGAGAGACAUCGAAUAUUUUUGAUGGGUCCAAUAUUUGCGCAGGUAAACUACAGUAUUUCAUGAAUUUGAUUGAACAUUAUUCAUUAAUGAUUGUAAUAAAACAAAUCGAUAUGGUAUUUUUAAGACAUGGCUGUACAAAACGUCAUCGGUGAUUCAUUCCGCGGCGCAACUUGGGUGAGCCUGCACAAUGGUGGUGGCGUUGGUUGGUAA